AAUAUUUGCUUUUGCUAACCACUGCUAAAACCUAAUUAAAAAAAAACUAUUAGUAUCGGACUAUUGGUGUGCAUGAAAUUCUUGAAAUUUCCUUACAAAAUCAAGUCCAAUCGUGAGCUCUUUCGGAAAAUUUACAGAGAGUUUGAGAGAGAGAGAGAGGGAGAGACAAGUUUAAGAACAGGCGCAAUUAGGAAAAAAAAAUAAAAUUUUCCAAGUACUUAUAAUUGUAUCCAACACUCAUUUCCAACAAAACUUCCAAAAUCUUUGCUUUUCCAAAACAUCAGUAUAAGAAGAAGCAAAGUGAAAAUCAAAACUUGUUUUUUAGGGCAAACUAAGAGAAGAGGGUAAAAAUAGAGAAUGUUUUUUUCGGGCGAUCCAUCGUCUCGAAAGCGGGUCGAUUUGGGGGGUCGAAGCUCUAAGGAGAGAGAUAGGCAAAAGCUUUUGGAGCAAACUCGGUUGGAGCGAAAACGUAGAUUGUUUCAACGUGAACAGAAUUCUGCUGCUAUUAAAAUUCAGAAAUGCUACAGAGCCUGGAAGGCUGUUGAAGUUGAACACCAAAAGAUGCGGGAGCAGUUUUUUGUUAAAUAUGGGAAGCGUUGCCAGAAUGUUGGCAGACAUUGUUUUGAUCCAGAUUCAAGGUUUCUCUGUGAAUUAUUGUUUUUUUUCAAUCCGAGAAAUGAGGAAGAUCUUUUUGCUCUUGCGGAGACUUGCCGACUACUUCAGGCUUUUGCUCAAGAUAGUGGGGAUGUCAUUACGUUGUUUACAGGAAUGGCUUAUUCAUCAAACCGCAGUUUGGUUGAUUACAGGGUGAAGCAGCUGUCUUAUGGGUGUAUUCGUGCUGUUCAUGCUUAUAGGAGUCGAUUCAAGAAACAAUCAUCCUGUUCAGAAUCCAAUUCACACAUCUUAACAGUUUUGCUGGAAGCUACUGCUAGGUUGAUUGAUCCCAAACUUCCAUGGGCUUGUGGAACAGUUUGCUAUCUUUUUAACAGAAGUAUCUUUACCUUAUUUAGAGAGAUAAUUCUUGCUGCCAAGGAAAGUUUUAACACUCAGAAUAUGAUGAAAGUGUCUUCCUUGGAGCAAGUGCUUACCCUAAUUGUACCUCAUGUUGGUGAGAAGCCAUGCGUGUGCCAAACAGCUGAUCACUGGUGUAGCUUUUCGUCACAAAUUCUUACGAUACCAUUUUUCUGGCAGAUGUUUCCACGCCUAAAAGAGGUAUUUGCUAGAGAGCAGUUGUGCAAGCAUUAUUUGCACCAGAUGUCAUUACAUGUGCGAAGUCACACUAACAUUCUACCAAAAGAUGUAUCAGCUGAAUAUCCAAGUUAUGCUUGUCUACUCGGAAAUGUAUUAGAAGCAGCCGCACUUGCUUUGUCGGAGGCUAGCUGCUCAUUUGAGAUGGCUGUUGACCUAGCUGGAGUAGCGACAUGUUUGUUGGAAAUGCUCCCUCCUCUAAAGUCAUUCAGUAGAGGAACUACAGAGAAUUCUACUAUGGAGGAUGAUGAAAUGAUCGAAGUGGAAGAAUAUAGUGGAAAUGUUUUAAGUGAGGAUUUGGAAUCUCAGAUUACUAGCGCGAUAGACCCACGGUUUCUUCUUCAAUUGAUUAAUGUUUUGCUUGGAGGAUUUCCUUCAUUCACGGAUAAAGUCAGUACGGACAACAGAGAAGUGAUAGCUGUUGGAGCAGCAUGCGCCUUCUUGCAUGUGACUUUUAACACCUUGCCACUUGAACGCAUUAUGACAAUCUUAGCAUACAGGACUACACUUGUUCCUGUUCUUUGGAGCUUUAUGAAGCGGUGUCAUGAGACUCAGAACUGGUCAAUAGUGGCAGAGAGAUCCCUUUACUUGCCGGAAGGUGUACCUGGUUGGCUGUUGCCUUUGGCCGUUUUCUGCCCUGUAUACAAGCACAUGCUGAUGAUUGUUGAUAAUGAAGAGUUCUAUGAACAUGAAAAACCCUUGGCGCUGAUGGAUAUUAGAUACUUAAUUGUUAUUUUACGACAGGCUUUGUGGCAGCUGCUGUGGGUAAAUCCAGUGGCUCCAUUAGACAUGGUUAAAUCUAAGGCUGAGAGAUUGGCUUCCAAGAAGCAGCCUUUAGAAUUUUUGCAGCAUAGGGUCAGCAUAGUUGUGGCUGAGCUUCUCAGUCAGUUGCAAGAUUGGAACAAUAGAAGGCAGUUUGCCCCUUCAAGUGACUUCCACGCAGAUGGUGUAAAUGAUUUUUUCAUUUCUCAGGCCAUGCAGGAAAAUACUAGGGCACGUGAAAUAGUGAAGCAAGCUCCAUUUCUGGUGCCUUUUACAAGCAGGGUUAAAAUAUUUGCUUCUCUAUUGGCUGCUGCAAGAAAAAUAGAUGGUUCGCGGGCUGUUUUCACUAGAAAUCGGCUCAAAAUACGGCGAGAUCAUAUCUUGGAAGAUUCUUUUAAUCAGUUGAGUGCAGAUGACGACCUUCGAGAACGGAUGCGUGUAACAUUCAUUAAUGAACUUGGGGUUGAGGAAGCUGGAGUAGAUGGUGGUGGGAUUUUCAAAGAUUUUAUGGAGAACGUCACACGAGCUGCUUUUGAUAUACAGUACGGAUUGUUUAAGGAGACAGCUGAUCACCUACUCUAUCCUAAUCCUGGAUCAGGAUUAGUCCAUGAGCAGCAUCUGGAGUACUUCCGUUUCUUGGGAACAAUUCUUGCAAAGGCAAUGUUCGAGGGCAUUCUCGUGGACAUACCAUUUGCAACAUUCUUCUUGAGUAAACUGAAACAAAAGCACAACUAUCUAAAUGAUCUGCCUUCACUGGACCCAGAACUGUAUCGCCACCUUAUCUUUUUGAAGCAUUAUCAAGGUGAUGUUUCAGGAUUAGAGUUAUACUUUGUCAUUGUAAAUAAUGAAUAUGGAGAACAAACAGAAGAUGAAUUGAUUCCUGGAGGGAAAAAUAUUCGUGUUACGAAUGAGAAUGUGAUUCCAUUUAUUCAUCUAGUAGCUAAUCAUCGAUUGAAUUAUCAGAUACGUCAGCAAAGUUCGCAUUUCCUGAGAGGAUUUCAGCAACUCGUACGAAAGGAAUGGAUUGAUAUGUUCAAUGAACAUGAACUUCAGAUUUUGAUAUCUGGUUCACUUGAUGGUUUGGAUAUAGACGACCUGCGUUCUCAUACGCAAUACUCAGGUGGAUACCAUGCGGAUCACUAUGUUAUUGACAUGUUCUGGGAAGUCCUCAAGAGCUUUACACAGGAAAAUCAGAUGAAAUUUCUCAAAUUUGUCACUGGAUGCUCUCGUGGACCAUUGCUUGGUUUCAAAUCCCUGGAGCCUCAGUUCUGCAUACAAAGAGCUGGUGGUAGUGCUACAGAGGAAACUCUUGAUCGUUUGCCAACAUCAGCGACUUGUAUGAACCUUCUGAAGCUUCCACCAUAUAGAAGCAAGGAGCAACUAGAGAGAAAAUUGCUCUAUGCUAUAAACUCAGAGGCUGGAUUCGACCUGAGUUGAUAUAGCAGAAUGUUUUCUGCAAAACCAUGUCUCGCUUAUGCAAUCAUUGGAGAGAGCUGUGCUCUUCGGAUGUUCUCAAUCGGCAUUCAGUUACAUGAGUAGAAGUUCUGCAGGGUCAUUAUUGAUCCUUACAGGCACUGCCGAGAAAAAACACAAAGGAGAGAGUCAAGAUCAAGCAAAGGACCACUGUAGAUACAAGUAUAUUACUAGCUUGCUGUUUCAUCUAAAUGUAAAUCAGUUCAAAGUUCCGGAGUACUAAGCUUCAGGAAGUUGUGUACAGGGUGAUAGCCUUCCUCGUAUGGAGUAAUGUCAACAUUUGUAUAAUCAUUCUAUAUUGACUUUCUUAAAGAUAGCUCCCUUAGAUGUUUGAGUGAUGGUUCCAGUCUAUAGAUGAUCAAAAGAAGCACAAGAUAAAUGUAUUUUGUACCUUAAAACGGAGGACUUGCGAAAAUUACAUCUUGCUUCGCUUGCAUAAUCAAUGUAAUUAACAUUACGAGUAAUUGAUAUGAGAUUAGUAAAAAAAAUUAGUAUUAUGGAUUUGCUUA